UCUUGCCCUUUCCUAGCCAAUGCAUGUAACUACUAGGAAGUAUUUAAAGACUGCUGGAUCCUUAGCAUAAGCUAUUCAGAAAGGUACAGGAGACAAGGGAAUACAACUCACUCUGGUGGUGUCUCAAGCCAGUUGAAAGUUUCAAGGAUGCCAAACUGGGGAGGUGGAGCCAAAUGUGGUGCCUGUGACAAGACCGUCUAUCAUGCUGAAGAAAUCCAGUGCAAUGGCAGGAGUUUUCAUAAGACGUGCUUCCAUUGUAUGGCUUGUCGAAAAGCUCUGGACAGUACGACUGUAGCAGCCCAUGAAUCUGAAAUCUAUUGCAAAACCUGUUACGGGAGAAAAUAUGGUCCCAAAGGGAUUGGCUACGGACAAGGCGCAGGCUGCCUCAGUACAGACACUGGAGAGCAUCUCGGGCUGGAUCUACAGCACUCACCAAAGCCGGCUCGUCCUUCGACUCCUACCAACCCUUCAAAGUUUGCCAAAAAGUUUGGUGAUGCAGAAAAAUGCCCUCGUUGUGGAAAGUCGGUAUAUGCAGCAGAGAAGAUAAUGGGAGGAGGCAAGCCAUGGCACAAGACAUGUUUCCGAUGUGCUUUUUGUGGAAAGAGUCUAGAGUCUACAAAUGUUACAGAUAAAGAUGGAGAAAUUUUCUGUAAAGUUUGCUAUGCAAAGAAUUUUGGUCCGAAAGGAAUUGGAUUUGGUGGCCUCACUCAAGUUGAAAAGAUGGAGUAAGAUAUCCUCCCACUUAGGCUUGUUUAAACAGUAACACAUGAUUAAGAAGAGGGUACUGAGAACACUUUUUUCAUCUCUCUGAAGAAAUAAUCUCCUUAUACAAAUUUUGUAGAAUGGUGCAGGAAAGCAUGUUUUGACAGGUAGUAUAGAAAAACAUUUAAUUUCUGAACAAAUACAGCUUAAUAUCUUAAAUUCUGGACUGUUCACAAAUUAUUUCAGAAUUGCUACCUGUUUUAGACAGUAGUAGCACUGGUUACUGUAUCACAAAGUUAACUGCAUAAAGGACACAGCCCAAAGACUGUAUUUACAUCAAUGUUAACUAAACAGAACUUGAUACCUAUUUUACAUUCUGUUACUCCUAAGUGCCAAAAUAGCACUUAUGAAGAUGUGUUGCUGAUGUCAUGAGAUAAAGAUAUUUGACCAUAACUGGCCAGCAUAAUAAGUAGUAAUUGUUAAAAAAAUAUUCCCACCACCAAGUCCAUUUAUCUUCACCUUUGUUAAUUUUUCACUUUGACCCUCUCAAAACCAUGUCAUCUCUGCCUGGAAGCGCUUGGGGUGGCAUUCUCUCAUCUCCAAGCAGGUGUUACAAGGGUAGCUUAUACAUUUGCAGUCUGAUUUAAAAACAACAAAAAUAUGCCUUCCAAGUGCGGGUGCGGAAGAAAAUGGACCAUUGGUCUCACCUGAAGGGUGAUUUUCCUAUGAGUACGGACAUCACAGCGGGUAUUAGCUCCACCUAUCGUGCGAAGGCAAAAAUGUCUUUGAAGUCAAGACUAGGGGCGUCAGGCCCCUCCCACUCUCCAGUUCAUUCGCAGUGAGUCUAAGGAGAAAUAUCUAAAAAUACAAGAACAAGGCAAACAGGCCUGGCAGCAGGAAAAUAACACAAUAGUACCAUGCAUAGUAACAUGACUCCAACAUAGCGGUAUAACAGAACUAGAAGUCUUGACUUCACUCUUAAAUUUAAAUAUAAUAGCGUAACAGUAAUAUAUAACACAUUAGAAAAUAUAUAGUCAUCCUCCAACUGGGAGGGUCGUGAUGUCCGUACUCAUAGGAAAAUCACCCUUCAGGUGAGACCAAUGGUCCAUUUUCCCUAUGAGUCCGGCCAUCACAGCGGGAUGUACCAGAGCAGCCCAUACAGGGAGGGACCACCCACGUGUUAAUCGUCAUUAAGAACCUGUUGCAACACUCAUCUGCCAAAAGAAGCGUCAGCAGAGGCAUAGCGAUCAAUUUUAUAAUGCCUUAUAAACGAGUGUGGGGUAGACCAGACUGCAGCCCUACAAAUAUCGGCAACAGGAGCAUUAGUGGCAAAAGCAGCCGAAGUGGCAGCUGACCUGGUAGAAUGAGCAGUUAUACUAGCUGGAACUGACAGCUUCAGAGACUCAUAUGCUAAAGUAAUACAUGCCCUUAACCAACGGGAUAAGGUAGAAUUGGAUACCUUAUGUCCCAUAGACCUUGGAUGAAAGGAUACAAACAGAGACUCCGUUCGUCGAAUCUCUUGGGUCCUAGACAGGUAGGUCUUGAGAGCCCUCCGGACAUCUAACGAAUGCCAAGCCUUCUCGAGAGGAUGGGUAGGAUUCGGGCAAAAGGAAGGCAAAACAAUGUCCUGGUUGCAAUGAAAAACCGAAUCAACCUUGGGACGGAAGGAAGGAUCAGUCUUCAGCACAACAGAGUCCUUAUGGAAGACGCAGAGGUGUCGAGCAGAAGACAAUGCGCCCAACUCCGAAACGCGUCUGGCAGAUGUGAUUGCGAUCAGGAACAAGACCUUGAAGGACAGCAUACGUAGGGGCACAGUCCUGAUGGGUUCAAACGGAGGGCGUUGCAAAGCCUGCAAAACUUUCGGCAAACUCCAUGAGAGAAACCGAUGGACAACAGCUGGAGAGCAUAGGGCGACUCCCCUCAAAAAACGUUUGAUGAACGAAUGUGAGGAAAUAGGAGCUCCAGGAGAAGACACUGAGAGAAUGGACGACAGAGUGGACGCAUGUCGACGUAGAGUGUUGGGUCGAAGUCCCAUCUUAAAACCACUAUGGAGAAAAUGCAGCACCUGAUGCACAGUGGCCUGGGAUGGAUCAUGGUGGUGGGACUGACACCACUUGGAGAAAGCCACCCAGGUAUGUUGAUAAAUACGAGUGGUAGAUGGUCUUCUCGAGGCCAAAAUAAUAUCAAUCACAGCGUCAGACAGUCCAGCUGACCUCAAAUGUCCCUGUUCAAACGCCACGCUGUUAGAUUGAGCCAAGUAGGGUCCUGGUGCCAUACUGGACCCUGGGAUAGGAGGUCUGGCCUGACUGGAAGUGUCCAAGGCUCCAUCAUUGACAUUGCCAGAAGAUGUGAGAACCACGGUCGGCGUGGCCAAAAUGGUGCUAUCAGAACCAGCUGUGCCCUCUCGGUUUGCGCCUUCCUCAAGGUUUUGGCUAACAAUGGUAUUGGAGGAAAAGCGUACAAGAGACCGUCUGGCCACGGUAUUGUCAGAGCAUCCAUUGCUUCCGCUGUUGAAUCCAGGUAUCGGGCAAAGUACCUGGGAAGCUGGCAAUUGCGACUGGAGGCAAACAGGUCGAUUGAGCAUUCGCCGAACCGACUCUGAAAACGAUGGAAAAUGGCUGGGUGAAGUUUCCAUUCCCCCGGAAAAACCUGUUGUCUGCUGAGCCAGUCUGCUGUCACAUUCCAAAUCCCUCUGAGAUGUUCUCCUUUCAGGGAUUGUAGAUGAUGUUCUGCCCAGACAAAGAUGAGGGAGGCUAGGUCCUGCAGAGGACGAGACCUGGUGCCCCCCUGUCUGUUCAAAUGUGAUUUUACACACGUGCUGUCUGUUCAAAUGAGGACAUGGCCCAAAGGGAACAGAGACUGAAAAUGAAGUAGAGCUAAAUGUACAUCCUUUAGCUCCAGCCAGUUGAUGCUUUGAGUCUGCUCUGUGGUGGACCAAACCCCCUGAACAUACUGGGAGUUGCAGUGGGCUCCCCAGCCGAUGAGACUGGCAUCUGUGGUUACAACAGUUCUGUGUGGUUCUCUGCACGGCGUGGCCUUGGAGAGGCGUUGGGACCUCGUCCACCAGCGGAAUGAUAGGUGCAGCGCGGGGGUCAAGCGAACUUUACGAUGGUUGGAGCUGGCAAUGUCCUGUUGAAAGGGCAGUAGAGUCCAUUGAAGAUGCCGAGUGUGGGCUCGAGCCCAUGGCACAAUAUGGAUUGUAGAAAUAAACAUUCCGAGCGCCCUGGCUAGAAGCAUGACGUCUGCUGAUGUUUGGUGCAUCAGGGACCUUGCGAUGCUUGUGAUGGCAGUGAUGCAAUCUGGAGCCAGGAAUACCAUUGCCUGCAGGGUGUCCAACAUUGCCCCUAGAUGUAGUAGGCGUUGAGUUGGUUGGAGAUGUCUUUUGUCGAAGUUGACAAGCCAGCCUUAGGUCUCUGCCCUGGAAGCGUCGGUUCCAGGAGCCCCUGAAUGAAUUGGGGUCAUAGGAUCUGAAGUUGCGGCCUCGUCCUCCUGGCCGUGUUCCUCGAAAGGGCUGGUUAGUACGGAAGGAAGGAGAUCGCCUGAAAGGCCUGUGGUCGAUGUUCUGGACAGUGGCCAGAACCGGUUUGUGGGCGUCCUUGGGAUCAACCAGCAGUGCCUUUAGAGCUUCCUCGCCGAAGAGUAACGAUCCGGAGUAAGGAGCCCUGGACAGAUUCAUUCUGGCCGCUGAAUCAGCGAAGCCAGAGGGUCCGUCGAGCGACUAUCUGAGCCGUCAUGGCUCGUGCCCCCAAUUGAGUGGUAUCCAAGGUGGCAUCGGCCACAAAAGCUGCUGUCUUACGCAACUUUACCAGUGACCUUCUGAGGGCGACAGGAUCAGGGCUAGUGUCCUCUAGAAGAUCAUCUAGUCACAUCAUAGCUGCUCUGGAGAAAAUGGAGGCUGAAGCGGAGGCACGCGUGGAGAGGGCAGUGGCCUCGUGAUUUUUGUGGAGGGCGAAGUCUAUUCGUCGCUCAGUAGUGUCCUUUAGUUGGGAAUCCCCUUCUCUGGGCAAGAGAGAACGUGAAACUAGGCAAGUGAUUGGUUCAUCUAUGCCAGGGACGUGUAACUUGGUGGCAAAGUCCGGAGCUAGGGCGUAAAACCUGUCAGCCAGGUUCUUGAAGCGGCGAGAAUGGAAUGGGUGAGCCCAUUCUUUAGAGGCCAAUUUGGCAAUUGGGUCCGGCACCGGGAUGUAAUGUUCAGUAGGUGCAGGGGAUUUGAGAACCUUGGCCCCUUUGAUGGCUGGGGUGGAGGAAGUUGAAGGCAUAGUCUGGAGACCAAGGGUAUUAACUACCCUGCGUGCCAGGGGCUGAUAGUCUGAAGCAUUAAACAAGCGAUACAAUGUAUCCUCCUCAUGAUCUGAAUAGUCGCUCCAGUCAUCUCCUUCAACGUGGUCAGUGAAGGAUGACUCCUCCGCAUACGAGGCUUCGUCAAAAACUCUGCCUCUGGCUACAUCAAAGGGGUUAGGUGAACAGGAAGGAUGAGCUUCAUGACACGCACGUUGGUCCAUGUUGAGUUGGGGUAUGGCAGGAGCUUGUGGUGGUGACUGCAUUUGGGUGAAAAAUGCCAGCAUGGCUUGGAGUUGGAAGAGGAAAUCAGGGGACGGCAGCAGCCCAGUUGUGGUAGAUGUUUGUGCCUGAGUGGCUAUUGGAGCAGAUGUUUGGGAUGGUAAAACGGAGGGAGGCUGGUUAGGCGAAGGCUGAGUGGGCAAGCCAGCAAAAUCUUCCUCGUCAGAGGAAGCAGCAGGGGAAUGAAGUAUAUCGCUUAUGUGUGCCUGAGUUGCUGUGGUAGUAGUGGGGGUUGGCACAGAGGCAUAGCGUGGCCGCUUUGGUUUGCUAUGGCUUGAAAGAUGUUUUGUCUUAGCCAUUGCUUUAACAUGCUUAGACUUAGUCGCCUUAGAUUGUUGCGGCUGGGCUGUUUGUGACAUGCCUGGCUGAUCUGGCAUCAUAUUGGCUGAUUGCGACAUGCCUGGCUGUUCUGCCAUCUUAUAUUAACUUGGGUGCAGUACACGGCCACGGAGGGGGCAGGAUGUAAAGACCCGAACUGGCACAGUGUACGACCACGGAGGGGGUAGGAUACACUGGCAGAUGGCUAAGUGCACGGCCACAGAGGGGGCAGGAUGCACUGUGGUAUCAGCGUUAGGAUAAUAUAGGCUGUAUAAUAUAGGCUGUAUUUUAGGCUUGGUACACGGCCACAGAGGGGGCAGGAUGUACAAAAUAUAGUUCAGAUCAGUGCUGUAGGCUGGAUUUCAGGCGUGGUACACGGCCACAGAGGGGGCAGGAUGUACUGAAUAUAAUUCAGAUUUAGUACAAGUCAGCCACUGAUAUUAAAGCUCCAGCCUUGAUGAUACUGAAUAUAAUUCAAAUUUAGUACAAGUCAGCCACUGAUAUUAAAGCUCCAGCCUUGAUAAUACUGAAUAUAAUUCAGAUUUAGUACAAGUCAGCCACUGAUAUUAAAGCUCCAGCCUUGAUAAUACUGAAUAUAAUUCAGAUUUAGUACAAGUCAGGCACUGAUAUUAAAGCUCCAGCCUUGAUAAUACUGAAUAUAAUUCAGAUUUAGUACAAGUCAGGCGCUGAUAUUAAAGCUCCAGCCUUGAUGAUACUGAAUAUAAUUCAAAUUUAGUACAAGUCAGCCACUGAUAUUAAAGCUUCAGCCUUGAUAAUACUGAAUAUAAUUCAGAUUUAGUAUAAGUCAGCUCCAGCCUUGAUAAUACUGAAUAUAGUUCAGAUUUAGUACAAGUCAGCCACUGAUAUUAAAGCUCCAGCCUUGAUAAUACUGAAUAUAAUUCAGAUUUAGUACAGGUCAGCCACUGAUAUUAAAGCUCCAGCCUUGAUAAUACUGAAUAUAAUUCAGAUUUAGUACAAGUGAGCCACUGAUAUUAAAGCUCCAGCCUUGAUGAUACUGAAUAUAAUUCAGAUUUAGUACAAGUCAGAUUUAGUACAAGUCAGCCACUGAUAUUAAAGCUCCAGCCUUGAUGGUACUGAAUAUCAUUCAACUUUAGUACAAGGCAGCCACUGUAUUAAAACUCCAGCCUUGAUGAUACAGUCACAGUAAAUUUGUGUGUGAGGAAGCCCUGUGUAAGUCUGUCUACAACACACAGACAACACACAUACAGAUAGCUUGCAGGGAAGGUGUCCGUUGGUUAAUAAAGGGGUUAACAAAAAAGGCGGGAAAUUUGAAUCCCACAAAAAUGGCGCCCAGAAAAGAAAGGGCGGGAAAAAUGAUCUAAAAAUGGCGGAGAUAGACGGAGCAAUGGCGGCCAUCUGAUAACGAACUGGGGGAAGGGUAACCCAGCACAGUCUCGCAGGGGGAGCCGCGGGGCGAUAGCCGCGCUUGCGGCUCUAAAAAACCCCAAGAAGGAGACUGCUGAGAGGAGCAGGAAGGCAAGCUGCUGCCGCCGCCGGCUGCAGAGCUCUCCACGGCGAAAAUUAAAAUCACGGAGAUAGAGGCUACGGAGAGGCAGAACCCCGGCAGGCUGAAUUAAGGCGGCAGGCUGAAAAGGGCAGGGAGCCACAGCCGCAAGCUCCCGCCUGGAAGAGAACCGCAGCCGCGGUCCCUUCAAAAGCUCCACAGAGCGCGGCUUGAUCCGAUGGAUGGCAAAGCCAGGGAGGGAAAGGCUCAAAAACAGCCAAAAAAGGUAGAGAACCGCAGCCGCGGUCUCUGUGGGGACCCUCAGACAAGCAAGGGAAAUAAAAGUAAAUGAAAGGCUCAAAAACAGCCAAAAAAGGUAGAGAACCGCAGCCGCGGUCUCUGUGGGGACCCUCAGACAAGCAAGGGAAAUAAAAGUAAAUGAAAGGCUCCAAAACAGCCAAAAAAGGUAGAGAACCGCAGCCGCGGUCUCUGUGGGGACCCUCAGACAAGCAAAGGAAAUUAAAGUAAAUGGAAGGCUAAACACAAAAAACAUGGAGAACCGCAGCCGCGGUCUCUGAGGGAACCCUCGAAAGAAGUAGAAAUAAACUUAAAUGAAGUUAAACAGAAAAACAGGGAAAGGAUGGACUGGGGAGACACACAAGUAACACUAGGUUCGCACCCAGUCAGAACAAAUAAACAGACAAAUCACGAAAAAACUUAGCUAAAUGCUACGCUAUAGUAUCUCAAUCUUGUUCGUACGAAGGCAAGAAUGAACUGGAGAGUGGGAGGGGCCUGACGCCCCUAGUCUUGACUUCAAAGACAUUCUUGCCUUCGCACGAUAGGUGGAGCUAAUACCCGCUGUGAUGGCCGGACUCAUAGGGAAAAUAUAUUGUAUUUACCUCGUGGACUACAACUGGGCAUUUCUUAAAUUCUUCUGAGCUUCUAAAAGAGCCUGUAACAUAAUUCCACAAUCCUGACUCUGAACUCUACACCUUGCUGUUCAAAUUGCCUCUAAAAAUUGAUAUCAGUUGUAAUUUUAGCAACAGAAGCCGUUUUCUCUCUUAUCUUUUCAAAAGAAAAAGAGUAAGAGUGAAAGCAAUUUUGAAAUCAAAUCAUGAUGCUGUUUCCUUCUGAAGUUACAAUAAACUAUAUACCUUUUUUUA